GAUGAUGAGCUCUGCAGAACCUUCCAUCUGCGCCGCAAAACCGCAUGAUGCGCUCUCAUUAUUAUAUCACUACUCUGCUCCCCUGCCGGCCCGAGAGGACGUCACCGGGACCUCCGGAUAGCCGCCUUAUUAGUUGACCGUCCUAGCUCCGCCAUCUGGCUCUGCGACCCUCCAGAUUUUUCUGUCGCUUCUUGCGCCGUUACUUCAAAGUCCGUUCAUUGCUCGUCUGUCCUACCGAGCACACUUUUAUCGUCCUGAUUCACCAUCUCUGCUGUCGAUCGAGUGGUUUAUACAAGCAUUUUCAAGUCGACCGCACAGAAAACGAGCCCUAGCAACCAUGCCUUUGAGCAGAGCGGCGCUGGGCUUUCUAGGCCUAUUCUUCACAGCUUCGGCCCUGUUGCUGAUGUUCCUCACCAUCCUUGGUGGCGCAAAGAACUCGAACCCGUUGAACCAGAUCUAUCUUCUUCAGGUCGACACGAGCAACAUCCCGGGGGCUCCUGACUUAUCUCGAUGGACUUUCUGGAACCUUUGCCGUGUCGAUGCCGAUGGAAAGAGCCAGUGUGGAAAAUCGUACCCCGAUUUCCCCUUUGACCCGCCAAGUCACCGGAACUUCGACACUACGACCAAUAUUCCGCCCGAGUUCAUUGGAUCCAAGCACUAUUUCCUGACUUCUCGGUUCAUCUUCCCCUUCCUCCUCAUUGCGCUGUUCUUCGCCGUGGUGUCUCUCUUCACUGGAUUCCUGGCCAUGUGCACCCGCAUCGGAAGCUACCUCUCAUCCCUCAUGGCCUGGGUUGCUCUGUUCUUCCAGAUCAUCGCUACCUCUCUGAUGACCGCCGUUUUCGUCCAGGGCCGUAACAGGUUCAGUGCCAACGGCCAGGUCGCCAAGCUCGGCGUCAAGUCGUUCGCUUUCAUGUGGACCGCAGUGGCCUGUCUUCUUCUCUCGUGCGUUCUGUACUGUAUGGGCGGCGCCGUGGGCCGGCAAGAGAAAGGAUACAGUGGUCGCGAGCACCGACGUCGUGGUUUCUUCUCUACCCAGCGAUCUCACAGCGUCCGGAGCAACAAGGAGGCAAACCCGUAAUCUACUCGAUGCGCAAUCCUGAGCGAUCGACGUUACGUUGCUCGCACGACAAGUAUGGAUCGGCUGUGGAAGCUCUCGCAUGCUCUCAAGCCACCCAGGUCCAAUUGUAUUCCGACCAUGCUUGAAUUUUUUUUUAAACUGGCAAAAGCAAUAUUUCAGAUCUCAUCCGAGUCUGCUGGACGUGUUUCUGGUCUGGCUCAAAGAGAUACCCCUCUGGCCUCCCGUACUAAUUACGUUGCGCUUCUGUUUGACAGUAUCGAUGCGACGGACAGCGAUAAGUUGCCUGAAGCUCACCCCUAAUAUUUUUUCCGAGUUAUGUUGAUGGUGUACGUGCGUUUUCCGAUUAAAUGACUUGUGUCAUGAGUGUUAUUUUGAUGGAGUAUCUAGUUAUUGUAAUAUAAUGGAAGUAAUGGAUUAUCAUUUUAUAA